AUGAUAGCAGGACACUAUCUUAUUGUUCAAAGAUGGAGACCUUUUUUCCUAACGACCGAGAACCAUGUGAGAAAGAUUGCGGCCUGGAUUCGCAUCCCCAACCUCCCUAUUAAGCUAUAUAACCACCACUUCUUAUGGAGGGUAGGAUCUACUAUUAGGCAUAUGCUGAAAAUUGAUCGCGCUACUUCUAUACAUUCGAGAGGAAAAUUCGCGAGGAUUUGCGUCAAGAUUGACUUGUCAAAGAAAUUAGUACCCAGAAUAUCUAUCCUUGGAAGUACGCUUAAUAUUGAAUACGAAGGUCUACAUCUCAUCUACUUCUCUUGUGAAAAAUAUGGCUAUAAGGUGGAGCAGUGUAGUGAAGCUGGUGAACAUAAGCUAGAUCAACUGGUGGUGGAGAUGGCAGGCGAGGAGGAGAGAGCGACGGCGGCAAGGAGAAGGGCUGAUGUUAGCACUGGGGAAGUGGAUCGAGAAACUCCAGCUAAUCAGGAACGCAUUGAUGAUCAUAUCGUGCAACGGAUAAAUAAGAAUCCCCCUGAUUUUGGUCCCUGGAUGAUGGUAAGAAGGAACCAAAGAAGGAAACAGGAGGAAAUCCCGAGGAAAAAUAAAAAACAAAUUCAAAUCUCUAAUGUCAUGCCUAAUAAGGAAACUAACGGUAGUAUGAAGAACACCUUUAAUGAGGGAGGAUCCAGAUUUAAUGCCUUGUAUGAAGAAAGGGAUAAUGAGAUGCAGGAUAAUUUGCAACCGAAAGAGGCCAUGCAAAGUGGAUCCAAAUUGGCAAACUCAAACCAGGCCUUGAAAAAGAAUCUCUCUCAUAAAGGACUAGAUUGUCCCAAGCCUAUUAACCAGGCCCCUGACCGAGCUCUUGUCUCAACUCUUCCCAGAUCUAAUAGGAGCAAUAUUGGGCCGUUGAAUCAAACCCGAAACCAAUUGAACAAAGAGGAAGGAGCUAAAGUGGUUCUAAGGAAACCAGGAGCGGGUAGAAACCCGCAGGGACCCCAAAAAACUGCUGCCCUGAAGAUUGGGCCUAUGCUAACAAAAAAAGGCUUUAAACCCAAACAAAAAAUGAUGGACAAGGGUUCACUCUCCUUAUGGGCUGCUAUCCAUAGCAUGGACAACGCGGUGUCUUCAUCCUCCAAGAGCACUGAUCGAGAGAUUAUGGAAGGAGUCAUUCUUGAUAGGAUGAGGGAAAAAAUUCUGUGCCGUGGUACCCCUGUGUUGACGGUGGAGGAUGGAGACGGUAGAUGGGCUCCAAGCGAACAACCAGGCACAAUCAAGGAGGGAAAUAAAAAUUCUACCAAGGGUAAGGAACCGAUGUUCCAUGCAAAGGCUUCCGAGGAUAUGGAGGGCAGCGCAUGGAGGGCAGCGCCUAGUCCGUCUAGUGAAGCUUGGAACUGUAGAGAAGCUGGAGGUAAGGGAUUUUCUACUCUUAUUAGAGAUCUAAGGAAGGACCUGGAUGUGAAUUUUGUUAUUUUGAUGGAAAUCCACAUUAGCGGUGUUCGGGGAGAAAGGGUUAGGAACAGAUUUGGUCUAAAUGGUAGCUUUGUGAUGGAGGCGCGAGGGCAGUCAGGAGGGGCUUCCAUCCAACACUUGCCAAACCUGAGGUCUGAUCACUCUCCUCUCUUCCUUUGUCUUGCCCCUCAGGCCUCUCCUAAUAAGGGAAGGAGGCCUUUCAGAUUUUUGGCCGCCUGGCUGGACCACUCUGACUUUGACAACGUCGUUAACAGAGGUUGGAACCUUCAGGGGAACUGGAACUCAUGUAUGGAAGACUUCCAGCAGGUGUUACAAAAUUGGAACCAUAAUGUCUUUGGAACGGACCUGUGCAGACUGGUGGAUAGAAUUUUCAACAGGCCUUCGGAGGUCAGGGAUAUUAAUGAGACCCUUAUCACUCUCAUUCCAAAGGUCGAACCUAUAAUAUCCCUGAAGCAAAUGUGUCCUAUCUCACUAUGCAAUGUCUCCUAUAAAGUCAUUACUAAAGUCCUAUCGAGGAGACUGAGAGGAAUCAUGGAGAAAGUGGUGAAGCCGACUCAGAGCAACUUUAUUCCAGGAAUGCAUACCUCAGAUAAUAUUAUUAUCACCCAGGAAGUCACAAACUGCAUGCGAAAUAGGAAAGGCAAGAAGUGUUGGAUGGCAAUCAAGAUCGACUUAGAGAAGGCGUAUGACAGGCUGAAGUGGAGCUUUAUCAAGGAUACCUUGCAGGAUAUUGGGCUGCCAGAGUAUAUGAUGAACAUUAUAUAUGCUUGUAUCUUGACGACUAGGAUGAGGGUUUUAUGGAAUGGUGAAGUUUUAGAGGAGUUCGCCCCCUCUAGAGGCAUCCGACAGGGGGACCCACUCUCACCCUACUUGUUUGUUCUCUAUAUUGAGCACCUAUCUCAACUUAUCAGUGUGGCAAUGGAAAUGGAUGUAUGA